CCACUUUGUCUCUGGGUGCAACUGCAGCUGAUGCUUCGUCAACAAAAACUGUUGGUGGCACCACCCCAUCUUCAGCUGCUGUUACAAGCAGUACUGCAGCAGUGGACAGAGAACUUGAAGAUAUGACUAAAAAGCUAGGUUCUUUUCUGGGGAGUGGAGAACACACUCCUCGUCAGACUCAAGCAAACAGUGGAAUGCAUCCUCCUCUGAGACCAGGCUAUGGCACAAAGGGUCGCCCUAUAGCAUUAAGGGCAAACUUCUUCCGCCUCAAUGUCUCACCGCAGCUUUCAGACCUGUACCACUACGAUGUUGAAAUAACUCCAGAAAGAUGUCCUAAAAGUGUUAAGAGAGAUGUUGUUAAUGAAAUCAUAAAGACGUACAAACAGACAAUAUUUCAAGGCCAUCAUCCAGCUUUUGAUGGUGAAAAGAAUUUGUACAGCAGGAUAAGGCUACCUGUUCCUGCUGAACUUAGUCUUAAACUACCAGGUGAAGAUGGAGGAAGAGACAGGGUUUUCAAGGUUAAAAUUCAGUUUGCUGCAGCAGUAAGUCUUUUGGAACUUAACAACUUUUUGAGUGGAGAACAAAAUGGCAAAAUACCUCAGGAUGCAGUACAGGCAUUGGACAUUGUGGUGCGACAGAUGCCAUCAAUGUAUUACACCCCUGUUGGAAGAUCAUUCUUUCCAUUUGAUGGUCAAGGAAGACCCCUGGGAGAGGGGUGUGAGGUGAAAUUUGGUUUUUAUUCAAGUAUUCGCCAUUCUGAGUGGAAGGCUAUGCUGGUAAACAUUGAUGUCUCUGCAAAAGGAUUUUACAAAGAGCAAGCUGUUGUUCCUGAUUUCCUGUGUGAAGCACUUGAUGUGAAACCCCAUAAUCUUGAAGACUACAGAUUUGAACCUGACAGACGAAGACUUGAGAAAGCCAUACGCGGAAUUCGUAUACAAACCACUCAUGCUGGCUCUUUAAAGUGGAAGUACACAGUUUGGGGCGUGUCGGAAAAAUCUGCCAACAGGAAACAGUUUGAUGUAACAGAUGAGGGAACAGGUCGCACUUACAAAACAACUGUUGCAGAUUAUUUCAAAGAUAGAUACCGGUUAAUUUUGAGGUAUCCUCACCUACCGUGCUUACAAGUUGGACAGAAAAAGGACAGGUAUCUCCCAAUGGAGGUCUGUACCAUUAUUCCUUGUCUAAGAAAGCUUUUAUCGGAACAACAGAUUGCAAAUAUGAUCAGAAGUACUGCUCGCCCUGCGCCUGAGCGACAGCGUGACAUUCAACACUGGGUACAAGAAAUGACUCGAGCAAGUAGUAAAUACUUAAGAGAUGAGUUCCAAACCUCAGUCAGCACAGAGAUGGUUAAGGUGGAAGGACGUGUGCUUCCACCACCCAGAAUCAACCUUGGGCCGCAGGAUCAGCCAUUGGUUCCUCGUGAUGGUUCAUGGGACAUGCGCAACAAAUCGCUGCAUGAUGGAGCCCGCAUUGAAAAGUGGGCAUUGGCUUGUUUUUGCAGGAGAUGUCGGGAAGACCAGCUGAGAAAUUUUUCUAAGCAAAUGGGCAAUGUAUCCAGUCGACAGGGUUUGAGGAUGUCAGAGGAGCCAGUUGUUGUGAGAUACGGCAGGGGUGCCAGAGAGGUAGAGAGUUUGUUUUCUAAAUGGGUUGUGGACAUUCCAGGCCUACAACUGAUCAUGGCUAUUCUGCCCGAGAGAGACAAACAAAUCUAUCCGGAGAUAAAACGUGUCGGAGACAAUGUCAUUGGAAUUCCAACGCAGUGUGUUCAGUCAAAACACGUAAACCGUACCAACCCCCAGGUUUGCGCCAACAUUGCGUUGAAGAUUAACUCCAAACUUGGUGGAAUUAAUCAUGUUAUAGAUCCAGGUGUAAAGUCGCCUGUUUUCAGAGAACCUGUUAUUAUCUUUGGCGCCGACGUCACCCACCCCUCCCCGACUGAAAAUGGAAUUCCUUCCAUUGCUGCUGUUGUAGCGAGCAUGGACGCUAAUGCCACUAAGUACUGUGCACGAGUGCGAGCACAGAACCACAAGAGUGGUAAAGGUGCGCAAGAGAUAAUAAAUGACUUGGCGGUUAUGGUGAAAGAGCUUUUAAUUGAGUUUUACAAAGCCAAUCGGAAGCUUAAGCCUAGCAAGAUCAUCUUCUACCGGGACGGAGUCAGCGAGGGUCAGUUUGACCAAGUUCUUGUUCAUGAGGUGCGGGCUGUACAACAGGCCUGUAUUAUGCUUGAAAAAGAUUAUCGCCCGAGAAUCACUUUUGUUGUGGUUCAGAAGCGCCAUCAUACGAGAUUGUUCUGUGAAAACCAACGAGAUGAAGUUGGCAAAGCAAGGAAUGUUCCUCCUGGUACAACAGUGGACAGCGGUAUCACACAUCCGUAUGAAUUCGACUUUUAUUUGUGCAGUCAUUAUGGAAUCCAGGGAACAAGCCGACCUACACACUAUCACGUGUUAUAUGACGAUAACUCAUUCACAGCAGACGGCCUUCAGCAGCUCACAUACCAGUUAUGUCACGUGUACGCACGGUGCACACGCAGUGUUUCUAUGCCAGCCCCCGCCUAUUAUGCCCACUUGGUGGCUUUCAGAGCCAGACACCACGUGACCGGAAAUGGAAGUAUCGACCUGGUGAAAUCUGCAAAAGCCAUCGAAGUCAACGCGAAGAUGAAAGGAGCCAUGUACUUUACUUAGCUGUUCAGCGGGAGUGUGAUGUGCACAUGCGCAAUUUAACGUAUUGGCAAUGACGAACACAACGAAAGGCGGCAACUGUUUUGUUGUGUUAUAAUUGUUAUAAAUUAGUACUGACUCCCAGGAAUGAUCAAAGUUUCACUUCUCCUUACGAUUCAUAUAUGUUGUCUUACAAACAGUUUAGGAGAUUAGACAUGCUUAUUAGCCGGAGUGAUUUCUGAUAUAACACCAUAUUAUCCAGUCUCAAUCAGAGGGAAUUGUAUGUCAGUCAGAAGAGAAAAUUGCCGCUUGGAUCUGGGAAUUAAAUGGUCCAACCAGAAUUAGCAAAAAAGGCGAUUAUUGCCAGGAAGACGUUAUUUAAAUAACUGCUCGUGUUCUCCUUAUUUUGUUAAAAAUAAAAAAGGGUUGGGCUGCUUAGAGGUAUCAUGCUUAAUUUGAGCAAAAUUAUAUUG